CUUACUAGUUCUUACUAAUAGAGUCUUAUCAUAAAUUUAGUUUUUGGCAUCCUGUGUUUUUCAGUGAGAUGGGUCUAGCAGCUUCCCGCCAGGAAGAGUUUUGGGAGGCAUGUGGAUUUGGACAUGUGGGCCGAGCAAAACAGCUGCUGGCUGAGGGAGACAUAGAUGUAAACUGGGUCUCAUACACAAACGAUUGCUCCCCAAUCCAUGUAGCAUCCCAGGGCAAGCCAGAUAUUGUGCAGCUCCUACUUGAAAACAAAUGUGAUGUCAAUGUCAAGGAUGCUAGAGGAAAUCUAGCCAUCCACCAUGCUGCCAUGAAGGGCCAUGGAGAUAUUGUCAAGACUCUAAUUGACGCUGGCUCAGAGAUUGAUGCACAAGAAAAGAAUGGUUGGACUGCCCUGCACAACGCAGCAUAUUGGUGUCACCCAGAUGUUGUUAAUGUCCUGAUCAAAAAUGGCUGUGAUGUACACAAACAAAACAAGGAUGAGCGUACAGCCCUGCAUGAGUGUGCGAGGUCACAACAGAAGAAUGCCGUCCAACUGGGAGAGAUAGCACGCUCUCUGAUCAAGGCCGGGUGUAAUGUGAACAGCAAGAGCAGUGACUGGGGGGAGGCCGACCUGACAGGGCUGAUGUAUGCUGCGUUCCAUAAUCAUCCUGAAGUUGCCAUGGCCCUCAUUGAUGCUGGCUGUGAACUCAACGCUGUUGGCGGUACGUUCUGGACAGCACUCCACUGGGCGGCUGACAGAGACAAUGAUGAGCUUGUGUACAUUCUCCUGGAUGCAGGGAUAAACCCAACUAUCAGGGAUAUGAGAGGUGAGACAGCUCUGGAGAGGGCCAGGUCUGACCAGAUGAAAGAUAUACUCAAGACAGCCAUCGACAUUCACAAAGAGAUGAAUGUGGUCAACACCACCCCUAUACUACAGACACUCAAAGCUGUCUCCAAGCCAGCGUCAACCUACAAACCUGCCUGUGAUGCCAACUUUAAGUCCAAAUCUUUCUUGCCUGCUGACUGGAAACCAGUGAGCAAUGCAAAUGUGAAAAAUCUGAUCAAUGAAAAGAAGUCGAAGCUAGCAGCCAUGACUUCCCAGAAAUAUCGGACUGAACUAGCCCGGAGAACGGGAACCAAUGUCAUAGAGGAUCAGAAAAUAUCUGACAAAAGUGGGGAUAGUAUCGGAAAAAGUGGAGACUCAGGUACUAAUGUUAUAGAGGACAAGCAACAAGCUGACGGAACUGGAGAUAAGAAAGGGGUUGAUGACGUUGUAAAGAAUAUUGAGGGCACAGAUGUAAAUGAUGAUUUGGAGAAAGAUCUAAAAGUGGAAAGGUCUGAAGACGAGAAAGGGGUUGAUGACAUUGUAUUGGAAAGGGCUGGUGAAAAUGAUGGUGAAUCUGAUACACAAAGUAAUGAAGCAAGUGAAGAUACCGCAACUAGAUCUGAUGGUAAAGAAAGGACAAAUGAUGCUCAGCAAGAUAAUGUUGAGGUUUAUGUUACUACUAAAACACUUUAUAGUGAAACGGGAACAGCAGAAAAUGAUGAGACAGAGUUUACAGAACAAAAAAUAGACACUGGUCUUGCCUCAAAUCAUAUUUGUUCAAGUGAUGAAACAAAACCUGAAGUGGAAACAGACGUUACAACGCUUGAGGGCAACGUAACUGAUCUUGUAGAAUCUGAUAGUGUUUGUAAUGGGAAAGAUGUGCUUGGUGGUUCAAACUCUUGAUGAUGCAUUGUGCCUUAUUACCGAUACUAUUUUGCAGUAUGAAAAAAUGGUGACAUUUCUAAAAUAAUUUUUUGAGUUAUUUUUCGCAAUUGAGCUUGAAGGACUAUUUGCUUUUAUGUGAUAUUUUAUCUUAUUAAGUGAGUUAAGUAAAGUUAUAAAAUACACAUGUUUUAACCUAAAUUAUUUUUUACAUGUAUGCUGAUGUUUUGACAUUUUGAAACAAAAGGUUUUCACGUUUAAAUGUUAAUUAACACUGAAAGGAAACCAUAUAAUGUUUGCUGUCAAUCUGGAUAUAAAGCAAAAGUCAUCAAGGCAAUAAAAUGAGAAAUUAACAGCAUGCUACGUUAAUGUAUUUGAAUAUUACAAUGGCUUUAACAUUUAGAUAUCCAGAUAAGGCCUCAAAAAAUACAUUUGGUUCGGGUUACCAGACCCUACCUUCGAAACAGGCACAGACCCUACCGUUUUUAGUCAGUUGGUAGUCAAGUCAGUUUUUUUAAAGUGUAUGUUUGAAUAUGGAGUUUUAAACCUUUAUACAGAAGAAUUUAACACCAAUUAUGACAAUAAAGUUCUUAUAUAAAGCCUAAUGCCUACCUACCCUACAUGUUUUUAAAAAGGAUGUAACCAUAACCAAACCUAUUUUUUUGGCUGAACCACAAUGCUGCUUGAAAGUCCAACAUGAUAAAAUCCUUUUAAGGUCGCCAUUUACUUAAGAUAAGACUUCAUUUUUUUACAUCAAUGUAAUCCUUGUUUCAGGAUAUUAAAUAUACUAAACCAUUGUGCAAUAUUAUAUUUAAACUCAUACAGAAAGUGUUCUUUCAUGACAUAGCUUGAAAUUUAUAUACAUGUGAAUAUUGGAUUGAAGAGGAACUCGACUCUAAAAAAACAAUACUGGAAUAUUUCUUUACAUUUCUAAUCUAAAUUUGUGUUAAUGUAUGGUGCUUUUAUAACUCAUGACCAGAAUGAGUCAUUUUGGGAAAUAUGAUUCUUUGGAAAGCUUCUGUGACCAAGUAGAAACACACAUGUUGUUAUUGCCCUAUACAAAUGAUUUAUAAACUGGCUGCUUAUUAUGGCUUUUAUUUUGCAAUCAUGUAGGCCUAGAGUAGAGUUGUAGAGAUUUCAAACAUUUUUAGUUCACAUUAAUUAUGUUCUAAAUUAUAAUAAUUUAUUUUUAAAGGGAUACAAAGAUUAUUUGCAUUCUAUUAAAUCUGUGCAGUUAAUUUAUUUUCCAUACAUACAUACGUGUACUUUUUAUCAAUCUCCUGCAAACAGCUUGCAGAUAUUCAUAUUAAAAGAAAUGUGUUGAUCCUAGCGUAACUAUGCUUUACAGCAAGACGAAGCAUCUUCUGUAAUAUUUUAUUUGUAUUAUUAAUUUUUAUAGCUACCAAAAAAAGCUCUUAUUUAAUUUUGAUGAUAUUUCAUCAUUGUUACAAGCAUUAUGUUUGCCUUUCAAAUGAAAUAUGUUUUUGGAAUGACUGAACCUAUGAAAUGUGAACAAACAGAUUCUGUUACAUUUUUUGAAUUUUUUACGUGUUUUCUACUCUUUCUUAUUUUGCUGCAUUGUUGAUGUGUGCCUUUUGAACUUUCAUCACAUGCCUGGAAACUGUAAUUUAUAAAAUCACUAUUUGGAAUAAAACUAUGAUAUGGUG